AUGCCCUGGCAGCCGCUGCCCCGAAUUGCUUUCGCUAUCGCGACAUACCCAUUCGCACCCUCGAGCCCGGCCGACCUACCACUCGAGAUUGGUGAUGAGCUAUAUGUGAUCGAAGAAACGCCGGACGGCAACUGGUUGCGCGGCUAUUUAGUUGCGCCACCUAGUUUGCUGGCCGGCUUGACAUCCGUCAAGGGACAAACUCUUGAAGCGCGCGUAUUUAGUGGCAUCUUCCCUAGAAGCUGCGUGGAGGUCCGAGAGCUGCUGGGCGAAUCUGGCGAGACCGACGACGAGACCGAUCCGACCGACGAAAGGGCCGCUGCCAUUAACAACCACGGGCCGUCACAGGCUUCGCCAGGAUUGAGAAAAACACAUCAGGACCUUGCCAACAACCCUCCUGCGAAGCUGUCUAUACCAGUCACACGAGACCCCAGCACACCGCGACCACCAGCACCGGUGCCCAUGCUGAAAGUGGGUGACGAAACGCCGACAUCUGCGUCCGAACCUUUGAUUGACGAAAUUGGUUCAUGCCUGAGGGAGUGGCACUCUACGAACCUCCACGAACUCCUCCUGACGCGACAGUAUGGCCGUCUGAAUCAGCUGUCUCAGCUCAUCAACGACCUUGAUCUGAGCCGGCAGCAAUUUCUCUACAACGUUCUCACCGCACACGAGUACGAUCGGCUACGCGAGAAGACGGUCUGGGACUUGGUCAAGGUCAACAAGCUCUGCGGUGGAGAUGUCAUCGUUCGGGACCCUCAAGCCCAAGGUCGAGUCCUCACGGGCGAUGACUCGGCCGUCGAGAUAACGCAAUUGCAGUCGGUCAUGAGCUUGCUAGACGAGCCACCGCAGACAGCGAGCGAGCCAAGCACGCGGCACCACCUAUACUUGGACGUCAAGGGGUUUGCGGGUUCUUCGUCCGAGGAGACGUCACUGCUAUUCAGCUUGGUGAGCAAGUCCGCAAGCCGCAAGCUGGCUAGCGUGUCAGAACCCUUCAUGGUAGACGUUGCUGCUGGAGGCACCCUGGAGGGCCUAGCGAAACAUGCCCAGACAAGCACCCUCUUCGCGGACAUUGCGCCCCAAGAUAUCGGCGAUGCACCCUCUUCAGAGUCUGAGCUUUAUCUGGUGGUGAAAAUCGUGGCUUCGCAGCACAUUGCAGUCGCAAAGCCAGCGUCAAGAACCGGAACAGGCCCUCCCAAUGGCUACGGCAAGGAGAAUGUCAAGCCACCGUCGGCACCUGGCACCAAAUCUUCUAGGCGGAGCUUCAUGUGGGCUAGCAAGACUGCGCGAUCAGCUAUAUCACGGGGUACGUCCGGUAAAAUGGAGUCUGUCAACGAGCAGUCCGAACAACGCCCUGCGACUGAUGAUACCGACAAUGGACCGCCUAGCACUGCUGGCACAAGGGCAGGUGGUCCAGUCAGUGACACGCAAGUAACCCAGAGAACCCUAGGAGUGGGCAUUCUCAAACUCAACAAUGUUGUCAAACAAGACGAAGAGUCCGAGCAGGUGGUGAGCAUGUGGUCGCGGACUCCGAAGCCUACGAUUAAAGCCGACUACGGUGAUGACUGGGAUCCCAUCAUCAGGGAAAUCAUGUACAGCCCGAUGAAUCAUUACGAGAAAUCAAACAGAGGCGAACGCUUGCAAAUCUACCUAAGGAGCUUCAGUCAUCUUGACGCGGAUGCAUUGAUCAAGGCAACACCGACACUUCUAUCGGGAGUCAGCAAAACGAAUCGCAUGGGCUUCUCCGGUGCUCCCUCGAAACCACGUUCGGACAUCUACCUGACCAUCAACCAAGCAACACUAGCUAGGCAGAAUCUUCUCUCGCGAUAUGGUGGUAGUGCCACCCCCAUGCCGGUGUCUACGCAAGGGAUCAACUUUCAGCUCACUGCCGAAGUUCGCCUCAACUCAGGAGAGCGCAUCGAAAAUUGCAUAUAUGCAUCGUCAAAUGGCGACGCCUUGACUACAUUCAAAUCGGUAGCAGUCGAGAGAGGCGAGGCAUGGGGCCAGAUCCUGCGGCUUUCCCUAUCGCCUAGCGACGUGUGUAACGCGCAUGUUGUCCUCUUCUUAUGUGACAUGCCGAAUCCACCUUUCGCUGUCGCCCACAUUCCCUUAUGGGAUCAGCAGGCAUUUGUCCGCGACGGCACGCAUGGCUUGCUUCUCUAUAAAAUUGACGAGCACACGUCAACUCCUCUUCCCGGCCCUGUCGGCAAAGGCGGCUAUCUGUCACUACCGUGGACGCCGCGCGGUAACAACGAGCGCUCUGCCGAGGUGACUGGGCCUCUUGCCACACUUUUCGUCGAUACAUACCUUUGCAGCACUAAGUUUUCCCAAGACCGAGUGGUGCUAGGCCUGCUCAGAUGGAAGGAUACGCCCCGAGACAACAUACCGCCAAUGUUACGGCAGCUGAUAUUCGUGCCUGAAAUCGAGGUGGUCAAGCUGCUAAGCGACGUGCUGAACGGGCUCUUUGGGAUUCUGGUCGAGUAUUCGGGCAACGAUGAAUACGAAGACCUCGUCUUCACUGCCUUGGUCCGGGUGCUAGACAUUGUGCAUGACCGUCGAUUCAAUCUUGGGCCGAUAGUUGACCGUUACGCGGAAAACGAGUUCAACUUUCCCUUUGCCACGCCUUGUCUGGUGCGGUCGUUCACCAGGCUACUUGAAAACCCAACAGAGCCCGAGACAGCCCGCAAAUUGCGUGCAACCUUCAAGGUGGUCCGCCAUAUACUCAAGUUUAUCACCCACUCGAGGGGGCAGCAGAAGGUCAAGGAGGCUGGCAUAGGACUCAAAUCUUCCACGACGGGUUUCAGCCGCCACUUGCGGUCCAUUUUCAAGGCACUGGAUGCGAUGAUGCGCAACACGUCCCCCGUCCUGGUCGGUAGUCAGACGCUUGCAGUGCAGCACUUCCAUACAUGGCUCCCUGAGCUAGUCGGCUUGCUGAGUGCUGAAGAGAUCCUACACAUCGCCAUUGACUUUGUGGACUCAUGCGCCGAUGUGAAGGGCAAAUUAGUGCUAUACAAGCUGAUCCUGAUCAUCAACUACUCCAGGAUAGGUCUUUUCUCAGACCCCGAACAGCGUUCCGUGCUUGUCGCGAACACUGUUCGCUGGAUCACGCCGCACUGGGGGCACGCACCAGAGAUUAACGAUCAAUGGCGAGCACAAAUACGGUUGUGUUGCUCCGUCCUGGCCAGCCAGAUUGACUAUCUUGGUCUCGAAGUUCCAAAGCAUAUUCCUGGGAUUAUCGAUUCUUAUCUGGCUCUACUGGCUGUAGAACAGAAACCACGCAACCGCCUGUCAUUGCUCUUCCCGAGUACCUACCCCUUCCCUUCUAAAACAAUGGCUGCCGAGCUUACGCACGACGAAGCACUUGCUGAACUAGCCGCCGUGCUUUCUGCAAUAUCGACAUCCGCGGCUGGCAUGCAACUGGAUGAGUUGGCCGAAGACGAUUUGGCAAUGAUGUUAGAGAACCUCCUUCAGGUGCAUCUUAGUAUCCUCAAUGGAGAGGCCUUCCCGCAAGACUGGUUGAGCGUGCGCAUUUAUCAUCACAAAUCAACGAUGCGAGCUUUGCAAUACAUUGCCGACCUCAUGCUUGAGUCCUUCAUGCCAGACCCCGAGGACGCAGAAGGGUUCAACACCGAACUUUGGAAAAUGUUCUUCACAACGUUGCUCAAGUUGGUGGGGAGCCCUUCGCUGGCUUUGGAGACCUUCCCCGAACAGAAGCGUCGCGCGAUCUGGAAGAUUGCUGGGGAUGUCAGAGAGCAUGGUGCCGAACUACUACGAACGACAUGGGAAGCCAUCGGCUGGGAUGCGACACCCGAAGAGCAAGACCGGUAUGGCCUAGAACGCAUGGGCGGAUAUCAGGUCCAGUACGUCCCUACCUUGGUUGGGCCGAUCGUGGAGCUUUGCCUGAGUGUUCACGAGGGGCUUCGCAAGAUGGCCGUCGAGGUACUCCAGACCAUGAUCGUCAGCGAGUGGGCUUUGAGCGAAGACCUGUCCGCCAUUCAGACAGAGGUCAUUGAUUGCUUGGACAACUUCUUCAAAACCAAGCCACUCACGGAGAGCAUCGUUCAGAAGUUGUUUGUGAGUGAGCUGCUGGAGCGUUUUGGCGCCUUGUCGGAAUCGGAUGACGAGCCUCUGUACGAUGCUCUCCAGGAGUUCGUGGGAACCGUGGACGAGUUCCUGGAUCUCCUCACGGCUGUGCACAGCAGUGACAGCACCAACGACGCUUCGCACCUCAUAAGCCAACUGAGAUUGAUGGAGUUCUUGCGCGACAUGCAGAAAGAGGAGAUCUUUGUUCGAUACGUGCAUCAGCUUGCCGACUUUCAGGCUGCAAGUAGAAAUCAUGCUGAAGCCGGUCUGGCUUUGCGCCUCCACGCCGAUCUGUACGAUUGGGAUCCUACCAAGCAAACGACUCCUCUGCUCGAACCAUAUUUCCCGUCGCAGACGGCUUUCGAGCGCAAAGAGAAGAUCUACUUCGAUAUGAUCAAACACUUUGAGGAUGGGGAGUCAUGGAGUAAUGCAUUGACAGCCUACAAGGAGCUGCAGACACAAUACGAGAUCAAUGUCUUCGACUUCGCCAAGCUUGCUCGGACGCAACGGGCGAUAGCCACCAUCUAUGAGACAAUCUCAAAGAGCGACAGGGCUAGCUCAAAAUAUUUCAAGGUGGUCUUCAAAGGGCUCGGAUUCCCAGCCAGCGUCCGGGAUAAGGAAUUUAUCUACGAGGGCGCUCUUCGUGAGAAGGGCUCGGCUUUCACAGACCGCAUGCAAGAGCAGUACCCCAACGCCCGCAUUGUCGCGAGCGGCGACGUUGACGAAGUCGAGGGCCAAUAUCUGGUGAUCUCGAAUGUCGCACCUCAUCGUGACCUGGGCCAUCCAGUGUUCCAAAGAACCAGGGUUGCGCAGGUGAUUCGGGAAUUCGUGCUAUCGUCGCAUCCACAAACGUUUACGAUCAUGACAAAGAGGGUCACCCAGGGCCCUGUGCACGAGCACUACUCUGAGAAGACCGUCUACACCACUGCUGAGCCUUUCCCGACAAUAUUGCGCCGCAGUGAGGUCAUUGAGCAGUCUGAGGUUGCGCUGACUGCUCACGAGACGGCGUUGGAGCGUAUUGUGCGCAAGACACAGGAGAUGACAGUGUUGGAACGCCGCGUGGCUGAAGGCGACGAGGAGAACGCGGCUCUACUGCUAGAUGCCAUUAGUGUCUCGGUGAACCCCAACUCUGAACAUAGCGUAGCUUGCUAUCGUCAGUUGCUCCCUCAGCCGAAGAGGCAGGCCGCAAGCGAUCUUGGCAGUGAAGAGAGAGAAGAUGAAGACGACAUGGAAGAAGAGGAGAAGGUGGAAGCUGAGCCUCAAGACGUAGCUCUCAAGAUGGCCUUGGUAGAUCAUGCGAUCAUGAUUAAACGCUGUCUGGCGACUUUCGCUCGCAGUGACAACGCACUUCUUCGUCACCGACACGAAGAGCUGCAGAGCUAUUUUGGAAGCACCUUCGAGCCCGAGGUGGCCGUCUUCUCCCCGCCACAACCAUUGCGCGAAUAUACACACAGUGUCACGCCAACAUGGAGGGCACCGUCGUCACCGAACGGCACCAGCACACCUACACCUGGCAUCGCGUCUCUCGUGAAUGGUGUCAGGGCAGAAGAAGCUUCCGUCGCACGACCCGUGUCGCUUCAUCAGCGAAGCAAACGUCUGAGCUUUCUCAACAAGAGAAGGAUGUCUGACGGCCACCGAGACUCUUCUGCAUUCCCUCAGAGCAUCGAGCUACCUGCGAGUCCUCGCAGCAGGGCCAUGAGCAAAGACACUACACGGCGCGGUAGUUUCUUCCGGGCAGCCCAAUCCAACGACGAACUCAGCCGGCACUUUAGCGGCGACGAAGCCGCGGCGGCCGCAGGUGCAAAGACGACAACGACCAUCACCGCAGACCUCCGGCGGCCAUCUCAGGCAUCCAGUCACGAUCUGGAAUCGGAAGGCAGCGGUGGUCAAGGCCUGAUCAAGAAGACCAGUGUGCGGAAGCGACUCAGCAUGUUGAAGCUGGGCGGAAAGAGGAACAGGAACGCCACCAUGAGCAGCUUGGACGAGGAGUAG